AUGUUCAUCAACGCGACACGACUGCCCCCCCCCCUCCGCCCCCGUUCUCUCACACUCUCCCCCGCUCUGCCCCCUCCCUGUCCCCCCUCAGCGGGCGGCGGGAGGAGAGACAGGGACAGGUGCACUCCUCAUAUAUAUCAACUCCCUUUGCUGCAUCUCGCGCCACAAGUUUCAUACGAAAACUACCCGCGCUGCGCACCCAUGGACACACAACGACAAUGA